GAAGAAUAUUUUAUUCGCGGCUUCGUUAAUUCGAAGGAAGAGGGAAGAGAAUUUCGAGUCAUACAGCAAGAACAUCGAGCUUCCGAUUUCAUUGUAUCGAGCGAAAAGGAGUUGAAUCUGUUGAAGAAAAACUGAAGAAAAAGGUCUCUUUAUACUGUUUUUUGUUUUUGUUUUUGUUUUUGUUUUUGUUUGUCUCAAAUCAGAGGCUGAAAGUGUUGAAGAGAGUGAGUGUACUGAGGAGAAGUCGAGGAAAUUUAAUUCGUCGACCUUCUCGUGGAGGUAGUACUGUUGCUUAGUACUCAAACCUUCACGGGAGGUUUGAGACAUGGUGUUUCUUCCAUGGUUUGCUCUGCAAAUUCAUCAGGAUCUAAUCUAGCAAACAAACUACAGAUCUAUUGCAAGGACCUAUAUGGCUAGCAAUCUGAUUUUCAAGCAAAUUUUCCCUAUUGGCUUUUGACUGGUGUAGCUGAUUCAAGUUUGGCCGAGUUAACUAUAAAGUUACCAAAACAUGAUGAUAUGGAACAGUCGAGAAAUGACCAGUUCCAGUGCACUUCCAUGCAAUAUGGAUUUGGGGAACUCCAGCCUGUAUCUAAAUCAUCCAUAGGGGACCCUGUGAGCAUUGUUAACAUGCAAAGUGAUGGAAGAACCAUGGACCUUAGGAUGUCAGAGGUUAAGCCUGUCCUUCAUUACUCCAUACAGACAGGUGAGGAGUUUUCUUUUGAGUUUAUGCGCGACCGAGCAAAUUCCCAGAAACCUCUCAUUUCAGACUUGGUUAGUGACCCGAGUUGUGCUUCGGGUUAUAUGGAUUUAAAAGGAAUUUUAGGCCUUAGUCGUACUGGAUCUGAAUGUGGAUCAGAUAUUUCAAUGGUUACUUCAAUGGAAAGAGGGUCAAAGGAUUUUGAGCGAAAAAACUCAUUAUCACAUGGAGACAAAAGCAACCAUGGAUCAGUUCAUCACAAAUCACGCGAACCAUCAGGAUAUGAUAGUGGUCGUGGAACUGGUCGUGGCUAUGCUUCUUCUGGAAACUCUGAUAGCUCAUCAGCAAAGAUGAAAAUCCUUUGCAGUUUUGGUGGGAAAAUUUUGCCUCGUCCAAGUGAUAGUAAGUUGAGAUAUGUUGGGGGUGAAACACGCAUCAUUCGGAUAAAAAAGGACAUCUCUUGGCGGGAGCUUAUGCAGAAAACAUCAUCAAUCUAUAACGAAACAUAUGCAAUUAAAUAUCAGCUUCCUGGAGAGGAUCUUGAUGCUUUGGUUUCAGUUUCUUGUGAUGAGGAUCUCCAGAAUAUGAUGGAGGAGUGUAAUGAAUUCAAAGAUGGAAAAGGAUGCAAAAAACUCAGAAUUUUUCUGUUUUCCAUGAGCGAUUUGGAUGAAGGGCAGUUUUCUAUGGGUAAUGUGGACAAUGACUCUGAGAUCCAGUAUGUUGUGGCAGUCAAUGGCAUGGAUAGUGGUACUAGGAAAAGCUCAAACCUGCAUGUCUUAGCAAGCUCUUCUACCAAUAACCUGGAUGAGGUAGAUGAACAGAGAAUUGGUGUUAAUGCAUCAGCCUUAACUGGCAAUAUUGCGUCAUCAUCCAUGCAAUCUUCACAACCUGUUCUGGAAACUGCUUCCAAUGCUUAUGAAACCUUUGUACAGACUUAUCAUGAGCAUACAAUGGAUCAUGAACCAAGGGAAUUUCGCCAAAGUCAUGAUCUGCCUCAUUGCUCCCCUCCUGGAGAAUUGCUUUCGUCAUCUCUUCAUGAACUUGUAAACCAGCAGGGGGUUUUUCACGAGGGUCAAGGACAGUAUCCAGAGAUACCAUCAGCACAGUUGAAAGCUAAGUUAAAUGAUUCAUAUGAGAAAGAGAUUCAUCCUGAAAGUGGCCGCUCUUCAAAUCUUUCUCACUUGUUUGAUGGCAACCCGAUGACUUAUAAUACUUCUGAUAAAAACUCAACUUCGGUUUCCAUGGCUCAAGGCGAGUUUCCCUUCUUAACCCCCAAGAAUGAGAAAGUUCUCCAGGCUUCUGAGGGACUUUCUUCAAUGCCUGUUUCUGGAAAUCCUAUAGUUUCUGGAUUAAGUGAUAUGGAUAACUUGACAUCAAAUGCUUAUACUCAUGGUUAUACGGACAGUGAAUCAAAGAUCGUUGAUUUGAGUCUCCUUGAGCCUCCAGCUGCUGCACAAAGAGUGUAUCGCUCUGAGAGGAUUCCUAGAGGCCAGGAGGAGUUAUUGAAUCGUUUAUCAAAGUCUGAUGAUACGCAUGGUUCCCAAUUUUUUAUUCCUCAUUCUCAGUCUGAUCACGAUCAGAUUCCAGAAUCCAUCCUCAAAUUGCAAUAUAGCAGUAAUUGCGAAGCUGAAAACUCCAUUCCCAUGGAGAAGCCAUCACAUGCUGCCAUUAAAGUGGAGGUUGUUAAGGCUGAAUCAGAAUUACCUGCUCUUGGGCAAGUAUCUUCUGUAAAGAAUCACGAGGAUUCUGCAUUGGGUCUCUUGCAGCUCAACUUGGGUGAGGUUGUUGGCAUGAGGUGUACAGAUAAUAGUAGUCUUAAGCAAUCUCAAUCAGUUUCUAAGGAAGAAAGUCUAAUUAACGUUAAUGAAAAAGCAUCUGCAGCUAAUGUUUCCAAACCGGUGCAGGGAGACAUUGUUAUAGAUAUUGAUGAUCGAUUUUCUCGUGAUUUCUUAUCUGACAUAUUCUCCAAAGCAACACCUUCUGAAGAUUCAUCAGAUAUUAGCAGCCAGCUUCACAAGGAUGGAACUGGUUUGAGUCUUAAUGUGGAAAAUCAGGAACGUAAGCACUGGUCAUAUUUCCAUAAUUUGGCGCAAGAAGAGUUUGUUCAAAAUGAUGUUUCUCUCAUUGACCAAGACCACAUUGGUUUUCCAUCUGCUCCAAAGAAUGUUGGAGAUGAUUUUACACCUUUAACAAAUAUGAUUAAUGCAGAUUCCCAGCUCAAUUUCAUCGAAGAUAACCAGAAAGUGUUACAUGGGAUAAAUGGAAAUGACACUACCAAUUUUCUUUCACGUUAUGAUCAUUCCCAACUGAAUGGUACUGAUAGUUCGCAAUUUGAUGCUAUGAUGGAAAACCUUACGACUUUAGAGUGUGGGCAUGAGGAUGGUAAGUUAGAAUCUAAGGACAUUGGCUUACCUCCUCACGAUCCUUCUUUGGGAGAUUUUGAUAUUAGUACAUUACAGAUCAUAAUGAACGAUGAUCUUGAAGAGUUGAAGGAAUUGGGUUCUGGUACUUUUGGCACUGUCUAUCAUGGAAAGUGGAGGGGAAGUGAUGUCGCGAUCAAGAGAAUUAAGAAAACCUGCUUUAUGGGUCGAUCAUCAGAGCUAGAGAGAUUGACUGUAGAGUUCUGGAGGGAAGCCGACAUUCUUUCAAAACUUCACCAUCCCAAUGUGGUUGCAUUUUAUGGUGUUGUGCAAGAUGGUCCUGGUGGAACAUUAGCUACUGUGACAGAGUACAUGGUUGAUGGUUCCCUUCGACAUGUUUUGCUUUGCAAGGAUAAAUACCUUGAUCGACGUAAGAGGCUAAUAAUUGCAAUGGAUGCUGCAUUUGGGAUGGAAUAUUUACAUUCAAAAAAUAUUGUGCAUUUUGAUCUGAAAUGCGAUAAUUUGCUGGUGAACUUAAAAGAUGCUCAAAGACCAAUUUGCAAGGUUGCUGAUUUUGGCCUCUCAAAGAUCAAGCGAAAUACCUUAGUUUCUGGCGGUGUGAGAGGAACUUUACCGUGGAUGGCACCUGAGCUGCUAAAUGGUAGCAGCAGUAAGGUCUCUGAGAAGGUUGAUGUGUUCUCCUUCGGUAUUGUUCUUUGGGAGAUUCUCACAGGAGAGGAGCCAUAUGCCAACAUGCAUUACGGUGCUAUCAUAGGGGGUAUUGUGAAUAACACAUUGAGACCAACCAUUCCAAGUUACUGUGAUGCUGAGUGGAGAAGGUUGAUGGAACAUUGCUGGGCCCCAAAUCCUGCAGAUAGGCCAUCCUUCACAGAAGUUGCCGGCCGCCUACGUGUCAUGUCGACAGCUGCCAGCCAAACAAAAGCACAAGGUCCCAAAAUACCAAGGUCAUAAUCUUUCAAAUGGAUUGUUUGCUUAUUAUAUAUUUGUUCAUUCUAUUCUACAGUCUUGGAAGAUUGUGUGUAUUUUUGUCAAUAGAAGGUAGAUAAAUGUUUUGGUGUGAAACAUACUGUUGAACCUUAAAUAUAAUUCUUUAUUAUAGUUUAUACAAAAACUGAUUAAAGAA